AUGGGGUCUUUCCCAGCCCCAUCCCAGUCCUGUCCGGGGCUGAGCUCCGCCAAGGAGCGCAAAAGCUUCCCAAGACGCGGCUGGAACGCACGAGUGAACGCGCGAGCGAGCGAGAUCUCCCCGGUGGAUCAGCGCCAUGGGCCGGGGCUGCAGCCUUCGGGCCCGGCCGCCGGGCUCAAGCAAGACCGCCCAUCCAUCCUUCCUUCCUUCCUACUCCCGGGCACCACCCACCAACCGACCCGCGGUUCUCCCUUCCUUUCCCCAGUCGCCGGUGCGCGCUCAGCCGGGGCAGUUUCCCCUUCGGAUCUUCCACGGCGGGCCCAGCCGGAGGCAGCUGCCCUUCCUUCAGAGCAAAGAUGUCUUUUAACACUGCCAUGGUUCCUGUGCAUUUUAAUGAUGGCAUUUUAUUUUUUCAAGGAUGACGCAGGUCUGCUGGAAAGUGACAGCUGGAGAAUAUCUGAAAAAUGUGAAAAAACCCAAAUCCUCCGAAACAGAAAGAAUCACAUCCUAAUAGCCUGUCCAGAAGAUUCUAAUCAACACAGGGCAGUAUUUGAGCCUGUGACAGACCAAGAAGUACAAAACGCAUCUGGAACCAAAUUCACCAUCCACAUGUAUGAAGACACAAAUAUUCCCAGAGGACUGCCAGUGGCCUUUACCACCGAGUGGAAAAGCAAAACCUACUACAUGUGUGUUGUGAAAGACGGCAGCAACAUGAGGGUGGAAUUUAAGGAAGGAAAUGUUCCGAGACGCAUUGCUGGACAAUCCAGCAAUGUGAUCUUCAACAAAAUACAGUUUUCGGAAGGCGACCACCAGUUCUUCAUGUUUGAGUCCGCCUUGGAAAAAGACUGCUUCCUCGCAUUUGAAUGGGAUGAAAACAGCAAAGCCACAAAACUCAUUGUAAAGAAAAUGGAAACUACGGACGAAGUGGACGAAUCCCUACAGAUACACCAUUCCUCCCACUCCUCUAAAUCGCUGUGAAAGUAGCACAGACAAAACUUGUUGCAAAGACCGAAAUAAAGAAUACUAUGAAGAAAAGUGCCGUAUGUUUAAGUGAAAACAGUCCUUAACUGCCCCCUGGAUUGUGAAACAACCACAUUAUACUGUACAUUGUAAAACUUAAAAUUAAAAAACAAAAGCAGAAGGUAGCAACUUAA